CCAGGAAGCAUACGCCCUCACAUCGAGGUGGGCGCGGCUGCUGCUGAGCGGUUGUCGUUGGUGGAUUCUCUGGUUUGUGAGGGAAAGAGGCCGAAGAUGUCGAGGAAUUUUUCUGACACAGGAAGCAAAAAAGAACAUGUCAAAAUCACCAGCGAGGCCAAGCCAGGGUUCCUGGAGAGGCUCAGCGAGACUUCUGGAGGCAUGCUUAUAGGACUUGGGACAUUUCUUCUGUCCUUCUACCUUCUUUUUACCAAUGAAGGACGAGCUUUGAGGACAGCUAAAUCUCUUGAUGAGGGACUUUCUCUUGUGAUCCCUCUUGACAACAUUCACAGGGUAUCUCAACAAAAUGAGGGGAGUCUGGUGCACUUAGCAGGCGUUCUGAGCACAGCAAAGCCUUUGUUUGAUCCCAGCUAUGGGCUGUCCGUCCAGGCUGUCAAGCUUAAGCGCAAAGUGGAAAUGUACCAGUGGGUUGAAUAUGAAGAUUCCAGGGAGUAUGAAGAAAAUGGUGAGAUCAAGAAAGAGACAAAGUACUCGUAUAAUACUGAAUGGAAAUCCGAAGUUGUGAACAGCAGGAAUUUUGAUCGAGAAAUAGGACACAAAAAUCCCAGUGCCAUGGCUGUGGAGUCCUUUACUGCUGUUUCUCCUAAUGUCCAGGUUGGCAGCUUUGUCCUUUCCAAAGGCCUUGUGGAUAAGAUUGAUGACUUCAAGCAGCUGAGCUUGGCACACCUUGAGGAUCCACAUGCUGAUGUUACCCGGGGAGGAGAUUAUUUUUACCACAGCGAGAACCCCAGGCGUCCAGAAGUGGGAGACCUUCGUGUCUCAUUCUUCUAUGCUGGUCUGAGUGGACAUGACCCCCACUUGGGCUCACCUGAUAAGGUAACUGUGAUUGCUCGGCAGAAAGGCGAUCAACUCGUUCCAUAUCACACCAAGUCUGGAGAUGUUCUUCAGAUUCUCUACUCUGGGGAUCUCUCUGUAGAGGAGGUGUUUCAGAAGGAGCAUGAAAGUAACACCAUGAAGACCUGGGCCCUCCGUGCAGCAGGCUGGCUGGCAAUGUUUGUAGGCAUCAGCCUAAUGACCCGGAUUGUUUACACUUUGGUGGACUGGUUUCCUGUUGUUCGAGAUCUGGUUAACAUCGGAUUGAAAGCUUUUGCCUUCUGCAUGGCCAGCUCACUGUCACUUCUGACCAUCUCCGUUGGCUGGCUCUUCUACCGCCCUCUCUGGGCUUUGCUGAUCGGAUUGCUCUCUGUAGUUCCAAUUGUGGUCGCAAAAUCCCGUAUUCCACCAAAGAAGCAUCAGUGAGAAAGAGGUACUCAGGUUCUGCACUAAAUCCCGGUGGGGCACCUUAUAUAUUAUGGACAAAGUACCAGCUUCAUCACAUGGACUGAUGUGGAAUCCGUAGGAAAUGCGUGUGUGUACCUGCCUCUGACAAUCCCUCCUGCUACUUUUUCUCACUCAUACAAUCAUGUGUACUACUUUGGCUAAACUACUUGAAAGUGAAUUAAAGGAGAAGCGACUUUUGACACAAUACUUCAGUAACAUUUAUGCUUUUGAGCUGGGGGUUUUGAAAGUAGCUUGGAAUCUCAAGUGGCCAGGUUAGUAGUGGUUUGAGGCAAGGAAGAUAUGUCAGAAAAGCAGUGACUUUCCUCAACUUUUAAAAGGGUCUGUGAAGAUGUUCUUGGUUAAGCACCCAAAAUGCUACAGCUCUAUUAAAAACACUGAAUUGCCCUUAUUUGAGGAGAUACUCAGAGGUCACUCGCCUUUAAUUUUAAAAAUAAGACCUCUAUGAAAUUAAAUAAUGAACACAUUUUUGCCUGAUUAGAUUUCAUAGAUGUAGUAGCUUGAAUUUUGAGCUUUAUAUCGUGUUAUAACAGCUUCCUGUAGUGCUGCAAUGGCUCAAGCUUACAGGUUUUGUUUCUGUAAAUAGUUCUUGAGUUUAGAGGCAACCUUGUCUCUCUAGGUAGCUAGUUUGGCUUCCAGAUGUGCUCUACCAAUGUGUUUUUCCUUCUGUAAGUAAACAUAAUUUGGUACAAAAAUAAUGUCUUCAGUGAAUGCAUUUUGAAGCUGAAUUAUGCCUGUAUUCCCCAUACCAAAGGAAAUUUGUUUCUAUGUAUCUUCAUGAUGCAGGAAACUAACCAGCAUUAGCACAUGGGAGAUGAAGGUGCAAUUUUUCUAUGGAAGUGCUUUUUGUAUAUUUAAUAAAAUACAAUUUUCAGAA